ACCUUAAAACAGUGGAGAAGUCUGGCCGCAAUCGCCCAGAAUUGUUAAAUAAUCCUGAAGCUGCGAGAUCGAUGAAUGGAAACACCUGCGACGUGGAAUGUAUCGGCUGCUGCUAGCGGAGGGUAACUCGAUGAGCUACCAGAAUACGGUGGCGGUGAAGAGGGACGAACGCACUUGGUUAUUAGGAAUUUAGAAUAUAUCAAGGAAAUUGAAGUUAACCACGGCCUCGCCUACAUCGAUUUCAACUCGACAACGGUCCUGCCCGAUUGGUUCCACAUGGGCUCCAUCUGGACGCUGCUCUUUUAUUGGGAGAGUCUCGCAAAUGUCGUCAAUGAAAACCACAAAUGCUAUGUGGCGCUACGUGCCAAAGCUGGCGAACCGUUCUGCUUUCAACUGGCCACCUUGAGGCAGGACAUGCACGAAACCUGGCAGACGGAGACGACGUUGGGCGGAAUGCUUCAGACGCAUUUAAAGAGCCGGGAUAGUCUGCCGCCGAUUAGACUGCGAGACGCCCGCCCACCGGAUGCCGGUCUGAGCAGCGAUGCUGAGCGGACAUCUGCGGCAAUUGCACUUUUGCCGCCGUGUCUGCAGAGCGACAUCUUAACUCAUCUCGAUGUGCACUCCCAAAUGAGGGCCAAACGGGUCUGCGCGUUGUGGCAGCUGCUGCUGAGUGACGCCCGCAUGGCGGUGCACGUCCGCAUCUCCUUCGAAAGCUGUUGCGACCUGCAAUCGGACAGCGACAACUGCUUCAAAGCGGCAGUCCUCUUGAGCCGCUCCAUCACUUCCGCCACCCUCACUCUCACCUUCCUUCCAAUGCUCCUUCGACAACAUUUCAUUUUGGUGUUGCCCUGGCUGAACGACACCGAAACCCAUCUGCGAUUUAUCGUCUUCAAAGACCGCACUAACAACAGACCUGCCACCAUUUCCCACCGUUCCUCAACAGGGUUCUCGCUGCAUCCGGCAGCACAUGAUGCAAUGCAGUAUGAACAAUUGUGUAACGCCAUUCUGCUGAUCAACUGGGCAGUCGGCGACCUGUUCGGCGGGGCGAUGUUUCACGCCUUCGAGUGCGAUCCGGUCCUUACGCAUACGAGAUCCACCAAUCUCCUGCGUGCCCGCGAGAAGGACCUCAUGCAGCCCCUGACGAAGGAGUCCCACGCGCUGGACAUUGACAAACUGCAAAUCACCAUUCCGCGGCUGCUUCUGAAAUGCAGCGAAGGCCGCGAAAAGAUGUCGGCGCGCUUCAUGCACGCCGUGAACGCCAACUUCCCGCCGGUCACGGAGGAGAUGCUGGCAAAGGUCACGGCAGUGCACGCGCGCUGGGUGCGCACUCUGAAGUACCCCGAGGAGUGGCAGUCUAUCCACACCUACAUCAUCCUGUGAGUGCCCUGUAGACGGUGCAGUUACUCGUUGGUAGCGCUUAAAAUUAGAUCUGCAUCUAUUUGCGUUGCAAAUUUAGUGGGUUUGACGCAGACGGGAAUGUGUACAUGUUUGACAAGGUGGACUUGCGCCGGCUGGAUGUACGCACACUCAGCCGCAUGGCCAUCUACGGCCUCAAUGAAAUCUUCCGCGUCUGAGAGCCUAAUGGCCGCUUCCGCAGUAUCCCGUUGCGCGGGUUACGGCGGUCACCCAUGUGUGCAGGAUGGUCUAAUAAGAAUCCGGUGUACUCUUUCCGUUCCUUCAUUCAACUGAUUUCAUUUUGAAAGCAAAACGACGGCACAAAAUGAUGC